UUUAAAUUACUAAUAUAAUUUACCACACUGCACAGAAAAAUCCUAUGACAUAUUCAAGUGCACAGCUUCUUCACCUAAUUAAUUAUUUAUUUGUUUAGUUAUAUAAUUUAUAAUUUGAAUAAGAGAGCAACACCAAUAAACUUCAGGUAAUCAAAAAAUGGGUUUUAUAUUCCUUUCAUCAUAGAUCAGAUUUUUUUUUUUUCCCAGGAAAGGGCAGACUAGAAUAAAUAGCAUUAAAUAAUAAAUGAUAGAAAUAGCAAAACAAAAAUUAAAUAAUUAAUCCAAAGUUUGAACAAUUAUGAGUAACGUUAGGCUAAAUAAUCUAAAUAUGAUAUAUGUAUCAGGGCUCAAAAUUAACUUAUUUACUUGGUAACACUGGUGCUCCCAACAUCAAAAAGUUAGAAACACCAGCAAAAAUUUAGGAGCAUCACAACUACAAAUUAUAUAUUAACAGAUUUUAUCCUUAAAUUCUUAACUUUAAUGCAGAUUUUAGAUUGUUUUGCUCUACUGCUCUGUCUGUUUUUAUUUUUUAUUAUUUUUUUUUUUUCUUAGAUGAAGAAAUUGAUGAGGAAGGUUUCAUGCUACUCGAUGACCGUACAAUCACAAGCCUCAUACCAAAAAUCGGACUUCGUGUCAAGUUCCUAAAGUACCACGAAGAGCUAAUAAAGAAACAUGGGGUUGAAAAUGCCACUCCUUCAGCUGUUCACAUAACUGACACAGAAGAAGCCACUGUUGCAGCAGGAGAUAUUGCAGAAGAGCUGACAAUUACACCAAUGCCAUUCAUUCAAAUAAUACCAAUUUUUAAUAUUAAAGAGAUUCUCAUGGCCUCCCAUGAGGGGAGAUGGAUUUCAGCAGCUUUAGAGAAGGAAAAAAGCAUCACAAUUAAACAGAGACGUGCACUGGUGCGAAUCCUGGUGGCCUUUUUAAUUGAAAAGUUUGGCGAAAUGCCAACUUCUGACACCAAGAAGGCUAUGGCAAUGGCGUUAAUUGAAGAGUUUCCCUGCCUUAAAGACAUCAGAGGCAAUGGCUAUGAGGCAUUUUACACACCAGGCCGGAACCACCGUCCAGCCACAGGCUUCAUUGAGGAGCGCUUACGAAACAUCAGAAAGAGAAUGAGAAAACUUUCCAGACCUCAAAGACAUGAAGAGGACACAUCACAUAGGAUGGUAAUCCCUGAACCUACUAUUCCAACGGAGAGAGCCCAAAGUCUUGUGAACUGGCUGAAAAAUAACCAUGCACCUAUUAACCAAGUGGUAGAAAAUAUGAAGGAGACAACCUUAUAUCGGGCUAAGUGGAUACAUCAGAAUGGGACAAAGAGCAUCACAGAGGUUCUCCUUGAGUUCCCGCAUCUCUUGAACACACCUGGAAUGAUUUCCCAAGACUUUGAUCAGGUCCAUGGAGAAACUGGGCUGAAGCUGUUUGAAUCGUGGGCCAAUUUCUUUGGGCCAACAUUCCACAAGAGAAUCGAGGUGAUGUUGCUCUUUUGGUCCUUCCCCUACUUCUUCCUCCCACGGUAUACAGAAUUGGUCAGAAGGUCUUUCGACCAUCCAUUGACGAAGCUAGGAAGGCCUUCAUUGAUCUUCAACCAGUUGGAACAAAUAUGGUUGAAUUCAUUAACCGGCCAGAGUCCACAAAACACCAUCCCUUUGUCAUGGCUAUGGGAAAUGGCCAGCAAAUCUCCCAGGCAUUUGUGAUAAUCAAUGGACAGGCUGUGGAGCAGAGCACACUGCUCGCAGCUGUAGAUCCUUGUUUCAAAGCUUUCUAUGUCUUUGACAUGAACUACCCCAAGCAGUGCGCAUCGACCUGGGAGUUCAUGCAGCAUGUCGUCUUCCAAAUAGAGGGCAAUGAAACAUCUGCAGUUCGUUUUCUUCGCACAUCCUUAUUCGCUGAAGAGUAACUUUAAACACUGUAAUUCAGUCUACCUACAAGUCUAUAAUUUAUACUCCAUUUUCCCUCCUUUCUCUCACGCUAUUUUAUUCUCUGGACACUUUCUGGUAACUCGUAACCUCAAGGUCAUUGACGCUGCAAGUUAAGCAUUUAAAAAUAGUCCCAUACCAAAUUCUAAUCAAAUUUUAAGUGGUUAUAUGUAUGACUUUCUGUCUGUCUUUCUUUAAAAAACUGUAAUUGUUAUUUAUAUACUAUUUAUGUACUUGAUAUAAAUUUUAGGACAUCUUUAAAUUAUUUAGCAUUCUCUGUCAUAUAAAAUUUUAAUGGUCAAUGUCAUUUCACUAUC